UUAAGAAUAACUCUAUUCCAUUUUUUGUUCGAGGUCAUAUCAGACCCCUCGCACUACAAAGCUUCAUCGUCCUUUUAAACUAUUCGUUGCUAAAUCAAACACUUGCUUGGUUCGCUGCUAUUCUACGCCCGCUGUUUGUAUUUGCUCUUUGGUAAGUCCCAUUUUCGUUUCUUUUUGUUUGUUUUUUAUGCUCAGCAUCCAAACACAGAAUUAGGGUUCACUCAUUAUUACCUUCCCCAAUGUUCCAUUUGGUGAAAUUGGUUGGGAGAUCGAAAUUGAUGGUUUGUUGAAUGACCCUCUGGUCUUUGUUCCUGGAUUGACUGCUAAAAAUUCAUUCUUUUCAGUGUAAGAGGAAUAAAAUUUCAAUCUGAACUCUUGAGGAGAGUGAUGAUUUCUCAUGGAAGGAAGGAGUUAGGGUUGAUGAAUUGUUGCAAUGAGAUUGAAUACCAUACAAGAAGAGGAAAUAAACCCUCUUGAACUUUAAAGCUCUUAUUUUUAUUUUGGGUUUUUAAUGUUUUUGUUUUGUUUUAGAGCUAGUGUAGAAUUGGUUGGUUAAAGUGGCAUCUUGUUUGUUUAGUUCUUGAAGCUGAUCAAAAUUAGUUAUUUGAGGGAUCAAAUUAUCUAAAAGUUGACAACUUAGUAGAGUAUUUCUGUUAGGGAGUUGACAUUUAAGGGGACAUUUGUAUAAACAAACUAGCACAAGUUAGUUGUCUCUUUAAGGACCUCAUUUGUAUAUUAACACUUCUAUUCACUAUAGACAUGUAUAUGAUGAGUUGGAUCCAUUUGAACGUGACGAAUUGGAAUUAAGUGACAACUUAGAACCUCCUCUCUCUUCAUGAGUUUUUUUUCUAUAUGUAGCAUUGCACAUGAUAUUCCAGAGCUAGGACACUGAGUUAAGGUCAUUGUGAUAGUGUGAUCCUAGUAUUGAGCUCUCAAUCAAUUCAGAGCAAGCUGUGGUGUCUUCAUGGUUUUACUAACCUUGUGAACUUGCAGAUUGGUUCUACCAGUUGAGGGUUGGGUCAACUGGCCUCAACCGGCAGAAUCAAACAAGGUCUACAGAAAAAGGUAAUGAAAUGGGGGAUGAUCUGUCUGUUAGUUUGGACACCUUGAGGGCCAACUGGACUCCAUCUCAAGAUCAAUAUUUUCUUGAGCUUUUGCGGUCCUAUGUUCACAAACGGAAUAAAACUGGGAAGGUGUUUAGCAGAAAAGCCUGGGCGGACAUGAUUGAACAAUUUAACACUAAAUUUGGGUUCAAGUAUGAUUUAGAUGUGUUGAAGAACCGUCACAAGAGAUUCAGGAAGCAAUACAAUGAUAUAAAAAUGAUUGUUAGUCAAAAGGGAUUUCAGUGGGAUGAAUUAUUAAACAUGAUUAUAGCUGAUGAUAAAAAAUGGGAUGAGUGUAUUAAGGUCUACCCUGAUGCGCAAGCUUUCAAAACAAGAGGUGUUCCAUAUUAUAAUGAUCUGUGCAUAAUUUUUGGCCAUGCAGUUGCCGACGGGAGAUACAGUCUUUCAUGUUUUGAUGUAGAUUUUGAAAAUGAAGAAAUUGCUUCAAAAGAAUUAGAUGACCCGUGUACCACCAGUAAAGGAGUGGAUGAUCAGAACCCCCUUGCUGUUAGUAAUCAAAGUAAAAUUGACUGGUCUCCAAUGAUGGACCAUUUUUUUGUUGAACUUCUGCUGGACCAGUUGUGUAAAGGGAACAAGACUGGCCGUUCAUUUAAGAAGAAAGCAUGGUUAGACAUGACAGAAUCAUUUAAUGAUAGAUUUGGACGCAAUUACAGUAAAGUUGUCUUGAAAAACCGUUUCAAUGUCCUGAGGAGGCAUUACUGCUCCAUAAAUGUUCUCCUUGGCAAAGAAGGUUUUAGUUGGGAUAAGACACAACACAAGGUUUUGGCUGAUGACCAAGUAUGGCAAAAAUGCAUCAGGGUGCAUCACAACUUCCGGCUUUAUAGAAUCAAAAGCAUGCCUUUUUAUUCUGGCAUGUGCAUCAUAUGUCGCAAUGAAGCUACUGUGGGUUGCAAUUCAAAUCUUGAAAAGGGUUCUUCUGGGGGCAAUAACACUGUCCCAGAUACUCAGCUACUCCCUAAAGCAGAUAAAGGAGCAUUUCAUAUAGGUGGCGAAAAUAAUUUUGCCAGAGAAACUCAGCCUCUCGCCAAUGCAGAUAAUGAAGCAUCACUUCACGUUGGAAAAAAUGUUUCUGGUUCACGAAAAAGGCAUCAACCAAAAAUGCCCACAACCUUCAAUGAGUCUAAGAAGACAAUAAACCACAAUGAGGGCAUGGCAGUUGCUCUGAAGCAUAUGGCCGUUGCAGUUACUACACUAAACAAGAAAGCAAAGAAAGAAGAUACUUUUUCUGUAGAUUAUGUUAUCAGCGAGCUCCAGGCUAUACCAGACAUGGAUGAUGAUCUUAUAUUAGAUGCCUGUGAUUUUUUGGAAGAUGAGAGAAGAGCAAGGAUAUUUCUGGCCCUGGACGCCUCUUUGAGAAAGAAAUGGUUAUUGAGAAAGCUUCGUUCAUAAUGAUUGAUGAACCUCAAGGAUGGUUCAUCUGUAAUCAGGGUGUUUAAAUUUAGUUAGAACACCAAGCCAUAACUUUGUGUGUUCUGAUGUACCCUCAAUACAUUUGAGACAAGAAGAAUCAUUCUUUGAU